AUUUAUUUAAAGUUGCUGAAAUGGAAAUCGAGUUAAUUGAAAAUGAACAAGCUUUAGAUAUUUCCUUAUUUAUUUUAUAAAAUACGUUACCAAAUUAGUCAUAAAAUUAUACGCGUAUACAACAGGAUAAGAGUAAUAUAGGGAUAAUAUUUAAUAAAACACGGCUUACGUCAUAUUUUUUCAGUGUAUAACUGAACACGCUUAGAAGUAGACUUGUCCAGCGAUACCAAAUAAAAAAAUCAUAAUAAAAAUGGAUCUAGUCAAAAGUGCCCGAGAAUUUAUAAGCCACUGGUAUUUAAGGUAUUUAGUGUCGAUUGAGCUGUAUAUGGUGGAGCCAUGGGAAAGGGUUGUAAUACAUGUAAUAUUUGCCAUAUUUUUUGGUUUAUUUUGGUAUUUCAACUACUCGGUAAUUGUUUAUUCAAUUGCUCAUAUAAGAGACUGUCCAAGCCGUGCCUAUGAAAUGCUGUAACUAUGAAAAGAUGGUAUUGUGAAUAAAUAAUAUUUUAUUGUAUUAUUGUUGGUGUAGGUAUAUUUUGUUAAAUAAACAUUGUCUUAUUUCAUGCCUCUUUAAUUAAAUAUGUUAAACUCUUUGGACAACCUAGAUUUUCCUUGGAAUAAUUAAUAUAUAUUUGCAUCAGACACUGUUGUCCUUAUUACAAUAUUUAUCAAUAAAUACAAAAUACACCAUGUUUGUAUAUAAGAAUAUUUUCUGUCCACAUCUAUUAACAUAAGUGAAUCUUAAAUAGUACCACAAUUAAAGCUGAUAGUAAGUUAGAACAGUAGGUUAGAACAAAUAAAUUAUUUAAACAUUGAUUACUA